UUGUGAAAAAAUUCAAUUUGUCAACAGUGUAGCCACGUUGUGUGAUUCACAUACUCAAGUGGAGGAUUUUUGUUUUAAUUCAAUUGCAAUUUGCCUUCUUCACGAACGUCGAAUACUUGAUUUCAUCAUCUAUUAAAAUGGUCUUGGAUUUGGAUCUCUUCCGUAGCGACAAGGGUGGUAAUCCCGAUGCUAUACGCAAAAAUCAAGAAUUACGUUUCAAGGAUGUGGGUUUGGUGGAGUCCGUCAUCAGCCAAGACACGGAGUGGCGUCAAAGACGUCAUCGUGCCGACAACCUUAAUAAGGUGAAAAAUGUCUGCAGCAAAGUGAUUGGUGAGAAAAUGAAGAAAAAGGAACCACAGGGCGAUGAAGCUGCAGAAGUACCGGCUGAAGUGCAACAAGAAUUGACUGAAUUAAAUGCUGAAAAACUGGGUGAACUUACUGUGAAUCAAAUUAAAAAAGUGCGUGUACUCAUUGACCAGGCUAUGGUCGAAAAUGAGAGACUUUUGCAGGAGGCCGAACAGAAACGUAAUACAGCUUUGCGUGAAGUAGGCAAUCAUUUGCACGAAUCUGUGCCGGUUUCUAAUGACGAGGAGGAAAAUAAGGUAGAACGUACUUAUGGCGAUUGUACCAAAAAAGGCAAAUAUUCUCAUGUCGAUUUGAUUGUGAUGAUUGAUGGUAUGAAUGGUGAAAAAGGUACAGUAGUAUCGGGUGGUCGUGGUUAUUUUUUGACUGGUGCAGCAGUAUUCUUGGAGCAAGCUUUAAUACAACAUGCCUUACAUAUGUUAUAUGCUAAAGACUACACUCCUUUAUAUACUCCAUUCUUUAUGCGCAAAGAAGUUAUGCAAGAAGUAGCUCAGUUGUCUCAAUUCGACGAAGAACUUUACAAAGUUGUAGGUAAAGGCAGUGAAAAAGCCGAGGAUGGCGGUGUUGAUGAAAAGUAUUUAAUUGCUACCGCAGAACAACCUAUUGCUGCCUAUCACCGUGAUGAAUGGUUGCCCGAGGCAUCUUUACCUAUCAAAUACGCUGGUCUCUCCACAUGUUUCCGUCAGGAAGUCGGAUCUCAUGGUCGUGAUACUCGUGGCAUUUUCCGUGUACAUCAAUUUGAGAAGAUUGAACAAUUUGUACUCACUUCACCCCACGACAACAAGUCAUGGGAAAUGAUGGAUGAGAUGAUUAACAAUGCCGAAACAUUCUGUCAAUCUUUGGAAAUUCCAUAUCGCAUUGUCAACAUUGUAUCGGGUGCUCUAAAUCAUGCUGCCUCUAAGAAACUAGAUUUGGAGGCUUGGUUUGGUGGCAGCGCCGCCUUCCGUGAGCUGGUAUCCUGUUCCAAUUGUUUGGACUACCAAGCCAGACGUUUGUUAGUGCGUUAUGGUCAAACCAAGAAAAUGAAUGCUGCCGUCGAUUACGUCCAUAUGUUGAAUGCUACUAUGUGCGCUACUACUCGUGUCAUCUGUGCUAUUUUAGAGACUCAUCAAACUGAGACCGGAGUUAAGGUGCCAGAACCCCUAAAGAAAUAUAUGCCAGAAAAAUUCCGUGAUGAAAUACCUUUUGUUAAACCAGCUCCCAUUGACGUAGAAGCUGCAGCUGCCGCCAACGCUAAAAAGCCUGGCAAGGGAAAAAAAGAUGCCGCUGCCGCUUAAUUUGGCCAUUACAACAAAAUAAAGUCCGUAUAGUUUAAGUUUAACUUAAAUGUAACAGCAUUUUUUACUUUCGCUUAAUAGUGCAGACGAUUUGGUGGGCAGGCCAAAUACUUUUUUAAAUUAGUUAAUAUAAUAUUUUCAAAAUUCUCUGAGCAUUUAAAUAGUGAUUAAUAAUAAAAAUAUCCUUAACUCGAAAUAAGAAAGACAACUCUACAAAAA